AUGCUCAUCGACGGUCAGAAGUGGGCUUGUGAAGCUUGCAUUCGAGGUCAUCGAGUGUCCAGUUGCAAACAUCAUGGUAUGUCUGAAAUUGGAGUCCUUGCCACCCCGUCGAAUAAUAACGACCCGGAGGAUGUCUGUUGUGUUCAAUGUGGUCCAGUCUCCGGUGUUCAGAUCCUCUUGGGUGGUUGCUCAACGUGUGGUCUCUGCGGUGUCACUCUUGCUAUUGUGCCACAAAGCGUCAGGUUGCUGGAACGCUCAAGUCUGGACACUUCCCAAAGUUCUGAAAUUUCCCUUUGUUUCCCCAUUUUUACCACGAUCUUGAUCACCUCAAGCUCCUGCUGCAUUCUUCUUCAGCUUGUUUCCCUUUCUAACCACUCGCCUCCAGAUCGACCGUUGAUUCGGAUCAAGCGCAAGGGCCGUCCUUUUGCUACCUGCGCCAUCUGCCACGCAACUCCGUGCGAGGCACCGUCGGAACAUGCGCGACUCAAGCGCGAGGCGGAGCUGAAAUCUCCAUCCUCAUCAUCCUCAAAAAAAGCAAGCCAUGGCAGGCUUUACCCACGCCACCCCAGUUCCAACGGCUUCCUCCCCAUCGCGCCACGACCCUCGGGCAAGUGUCGAAGCGCCAACAAAGAGGCCGGUCCAUCGUCCGUCUCCGGUGCAGAAGUUUCCCCCUCGUCGGCCGCAGUCUCGCGUUCCGGGUCGGUCUCUGCGGCAUCCGUGUCGUCGUCGUGCCUGACUCCUCCGAUUCGCGGCUCGAAAGCUUCUUCGUCUCGUCGCCCCAAGACCCGCGGUAGCAGUGUUGGGGAGUGGUCCGGUUCCGAGGGUUCGGGCGCAGGUUCCGGUACGGAAUCGUAUGGCGAAAGUCUCGUUCACCUGUUGCCCUCGACUUCUUCCUCCAUGGCCGGUGCCAGUGUGCCUCUCCCCGUCUCUCCACCCGAGAUGACGAGUCGGGCUGGAUCAUCCGAAGCCAUGGCUCGUCCUCCAGCAGCAGCUUCCUCCUCUUCUUUGGAGCCCACCACUUUGGAUCAUACCACCAUGUGCGAAACCAUCUUUGAUCCCAUGUACUCGCUGGACGCGACCACCUCGGCGGCGGCCGUCUCCGCCGGACUGGUCGCGACAAUGCCCAUGCUCAGUCCCAUGGAGGGUGCCAAUCCCUUUGAUUUCCCUCUGGAUCCAUCGCUCCGUCUGGACGAGCAAACGCUCGGAUAUCUGGACGAUUUGAAUCUGGACGUGGAUCUGUCCGAAGGACUGGCAGAUGAAGUAUUUGCCGUCGAGGAUUGGUCGAGGUAUAUGUGGUCGCCGGAAAAUGGGUUUGAGCAUCUCGACACAGACUAUCCCCCCGUGUCUCAAUAA